UCCACCAUGACUUUGCCCCCAGAGCUGGUGAAGAUCAUCGUUGAGCGGCUGACACUCGUGCCGUUAUUUAAACUCCGAACGACCAGCAGGUCGCUGAACCAGGCAUGUCAAGGGCACAUUGAACGACGACGCCGCGAGGUGGAAAUAGGGGUUUUAGACAGCCUGUUUGACAUCAUUCAUGACGCUCAAGAGGCGGACCUUCAGACGUUGUGGCCUGAGAUCAGCACCAUCAGGGAGCAGGCGAAGAACAUUCUGUCACUGAUCGAAGUGACUUUUCAUGAGCAUCAAGAUCCAGACAAUCCAAUUCAAAUCAUCGGCGAUUUGGAGCAGAUUUGGAAUGACAUCAUCACCGAAGCUUUCCGUGCAAGGGACGCACCCAGCCGCUCAGAACUGUGCCGCGCAGCGCGGUGGCUGAUCCAAGCCACCCGGGAAGUGGAGACGGUGCUGCGUCCACAGGUUGCCGACGUCACCCGAGAGGUUUCAGUCGACUUUGCUGCUGGGAUCAACGCCGCCUCCACCAUCUUUGAUCCACCUGCGAUGGCUACGCUUGCUCCGUGGGAAGAAGAAUCCGCUGUCCUCACGGCUCCAACGCGAAGUGGACCAACAGGAACACGCUCAAAGGAGAGCGUCACUACAGACACAAGAGCCAUUGUUGCGGAGGCUGUUGACCUUCCUGAGACAAUGCCAGGUGGAGAUCUCCUGACCCAGCAGCAAGAAUUCGAGCAUCAGCUGCAGGAAAGCAAAUCAGAAAAAAGCGGUGACAGCAUUCGUACAGCGGCCGCGCUGCACAAGCUUGGCAAUGUGUUGGCCCAAACUGGAGACCUCAAGCAGGCCAUGCGGUACUUGCAAGAGUCCUUGCAGAUGCAGCGCUCCUUGCAUGGUGACGGUGACCAUCCUGGCAUUGCAGCCACUCUGCAGGAGCUUGGGAAUGUGUUGGCCCAAACUGGAGACCUCAAGCAGGCCAUGCGGUACUUGCAAGAGUCCUUGCAGAUGGAGCGCUCCUUGCAUGGUGACGGUGACCAUCCUGGCAUUGCAGUCACUCUGCACGAGCUUGGGAAUGUGUUGGCCAAAACUGGAGCCCUCAAGCAGGCCAUGCGGUACUUGCAAGAGUCCUUGCAGAUGGAGCGCUCCUUGCAUGGUGACGGUGACCAUCCUGGCAUUGCAGCCACUUUGCACGAGCUUGGGAAUGUGUUGGCCCAAACUGGAGACCUCAAGCAGGCCAUGCGGUACUUGCAAGAGUCCUUGCAGAUGGAGCGCUCCUUGCAUGGUGACGGUGACCAUCCUGGCAUUGCAGCCACUCUGCACGAGCUUGGGAAUGUGUUGGCCAAAACUGGAGACCUCAAGCAGGCCAUGCGGUACUUGCAAGAGUCCUUGCAGAUGCAGCGCUCCUUGCAUGGUGACGGUGACCAUCCUGGCAUUGCAGUCACUCUGCACGAGCUUGGGAAUGUGUUGGCCCAAACUGGAGACCUCAAGCAGGCCAUGCGGUACUUGCAAGAGUCCUUGCAGAUGAAGCGCUCCUUGCAUGGUGACGAGCUUGGGAAUGUGUUGGCCAAAACUGGAGACCUCAAGCAGGCCAUGCGGUACUUGCAAGAGUCCUUGCAGAUGCAGCGCUCCUUGCAUGGUGACGGUGACCAUCCUGGCAUUGCAGUCACUCUGCACGAGCUUGGGAAUGUGUUGGCCCAAACUGGAGACCUCAAGCAGGCCAUGCGGUACUUGCAAGAGUCCUUGCAGAUGGAGCGCUCCUUGCGUGGUGACGGUGACCAUCCUGGCAUUGCAGCCACUCUGCACAAGCUUGGCAAUGUGUUGGCCAAAACUGGAGACCUCAAGCAGGCCAUGCGGUACUUGCAAGAGUCCUUGCAGAUGCAGCGCUCCUUGCAUGGUGACGGUGUCCAUCCUGGCAUUGCAGCCACUCUGCACGAGCUUGGGAAUGUGUUGGCCCAAACUGGAGACCUCAAGCAGGCCAUGCAGUACUUGCAAGAGUCCUUGCAGAUGGAGCGCUCCUUGCAUGGUGACGGUGACCAUCCUGGCAUUGCAGCCACUCUGCAGGAGCUUGGGAAUGUGUUGGCCCAAACUGGAGACCUCAAGCAGGCCAUGCGGUACUUGCAAGAGUCCUUGCAGAUGGAGCGCUCCUUGCAUGGUGACGGUGACCAUCCUGGCAUUGCAGCCUCUCUGCACGAGCUUGGGAAUGUGUUGGCCAAAACUGGAGACCUCAAGCAGGCCAUGCGGUACUUGCAAGAGUCCUUGCAGAUGCAGCGCUCCUUGCAUGGUGACGGUGACCAUCCUGGCAUUGCAGCCACUUUGCACAAGCUUGGGGAUGUGUUGGCCCAAACUGGAGACCUCAAGCAGGCCAUGCGGUACUUGCAAGAGUCCUUGCAGAUGAAGCGCUCCUUGCAUGGUGACGGUGACCAUCCUGGCAUUGCAGCCACUCUGCACGAGCUUGGGGAUGUGUUGGCCCAAACUGGAGACCUCAAGCAGGCCAUGCGGUACUUGCAAGAGUCCUUGCAGAUGCAGCGCUCCUUGCAUGGUGACGGUGACCAUCCUGGCAUUGCGGUCACUCUGCACGAGCUUGGGAAUGUGUUGGCCCAAACUGGAGACCUCAAGCAGGCCAUGCGGUACUUGCAAGAGUCCUUGCAGAUGAAGCGCUCCUUGCAUGGUGACGGUGACCAUCCUGGCAUUGCAGCCACUCUGCACGAGCUUGGGAAUGUGUUGGCCAAAACUGGAGACCUCAAGCAGGCCAUGCGGUACUUGCAAGAGUCCUUGCAGAUGCAGCGCUCCUUGCAUGGUGACGGUGACCAUCCUGGCAUUGCAGUCACUCUGCACGAGCUUGGGAAUGUGUUGGCCCAAACUGGAGACCUCAAGCAGGCCAUGCGGUACUUGCAAGAGUCCUUGCAGAUGGAGCGCUCCUUGCGUGGUGACGGUGACCAUCCUGGCAUUGCAAUGCAGCGCUCCUUGCAUGGUGACGGUGACCAUCCUGGCAUUGCAGCCUCUCUGCACGAGCUUGGGAAUGUGUUGGCCAAAACUGGAGACCUCAAGCAGGCCAUGCGGUACUUGCAAGAGUCCUUGCAGAUGCAGCGCUCCUUGCAUGGUGACGGUGACCAUCCUGGCAUUGCAGUCACUCUGCACGAGCUUGGGAAUGUGUUGGCCCAAACUGGAGACCUCAAGCAGGCCAUGCGGUACUUGCAAGAGUCCUUGCAGAUGGAGCGCUCCUUGCGUGGUGACGGUGACCAUCCUGGCAUUGCAGCCACUCUGCACAAGCUUGGCAAUGUGUUGGCCAAAACUGGAGACCUCAAGCAGGCCAUGCGGUACUUGCAAGAGUCCUUGCAGAUGCAGCGCUCCUUGCAUGGUGACGGUGUCCAUCCUGGCAUUGCAGCCACUCUGCACGAGCUUGGGAAUGUGUUGGCCCAAACUGGAGACCUCAAGCAGGCCAUGCAGUACUUGCAAGAGUCCUUGCAGAUGGAGCGCUCCUUGCAUGGUGACGGUGACCAUCCUGGCAUUGCAGCCACUCUGCAGGAGCUUGGGAAUGUGUUGGCCCAAACUGGAGACCUCAAGCAGGCCAUGCGGUACUUGCAAGAGUCCUUGCAGAUGGAGCGCUCCUUGCAUGGUGACGGUGACCAUCCUGGCAUUGCAGCCUCUCUGCACGAGCUUGGGAAUGUGUUGGCCAAAACUGGAGACCUCAAGCAGGCCAUGCGGUACUUGCAAGAGUCCUUGCAGAUGCAGCGCUCCUUGCAUGGUGACGGUGACCAUCCUGGCAUUGCAGCCACUCUGCACGAGCUUGGGAAUGUGUUGGCCCAAACUGGAGACCUCAAGCAGGCCAUGCGGUACUUGCAAGAGUCCUUGCAGAUGAAGCGCUCCUUGCAUGGUGACGGUGACCAUCCUGGCAUUGCAGCCACUCUGCACGAGCUUGGGAAUGUGUUGGCCCAAACUGGAGACCUCAAGCAGGCCAUGCGGUACUUGCAAGAGUCCUUGCAGAUGAAGCGCUCCUUGCAUGGUGACGGUGACCAUCCUGGCAUUGCAGCCACUCUGCACGAGCUUGGGAAUGUGUUGGCCAAAACUGGAGACCUCAAGCAGGCCAUGCGGUACUUGCAAGAGUCCUUGCAGAUGCAGCGCUCCUUGCAUGGUGACGGUGACCAUCCUGGCAUUGCAGUCACUCUGCACGAGCUUGGGAAUGUGUUGGCCCAAACUGGAGACCUCAAGCAGGCCAUGCGGUACUUGCAAGAGUCCUUGCAGAUGGAGCGCUCCUUGCGUGGUGACGGUGACCAUCCUGGCAUUGCAGCCACUCUGCACGAGCUUGGGAAUGUGUUGGCCAAAACUGGAGACCUCAAGCAGGCCAUGCGGUACUUGCAAGAGUCCUUGCAGAUGCAGCGCUCCUUGCAUGGUGACGGUGACCAUCCUGGCAUUGCAGCCACUUUGCACAAGCUUGGGGAUGUGUUGGGCCAAACUGGAGACCUCAAGCAGGCCAUGCGGUACUUGCAAGAGUCCUUGCAGAUGGAGCGCUCCUUGCAUGGUGACGGUGACCAUCCUGGCAUUGCAGUCACUCUGCACGAGCUUGGGAAUGUGUUGGCCAAAACUGGAGCCCUCAAGCAGGCCAUGCGGUACUUGCAAGAGUCCUUGCAGAUGAAGCGCUCCUUGCAUGGUGACGGUGACCAUCCUGGCAUUGCAGCCACUCUGCACAAGCUUGGCAAUGUGUUGGCCCAAACUGGAGACCUCAAGCAGGCCAUGCGGUACUGGCAAGAGUUCUUGCAGAUGGCAGCGCGCUGCCAUUGAUGACGCUAGUCGCAAUCAAAGGACACGACAGGCUGAUUGGACGUUUCUCGCUUCCCCUGCAGGCCUGAUCAUGAGCGAGGCGGCGGUUUAAAAUUUAUGGCUUGAUAUUGAGUCAAUAUCACAGCCUGCUCGAGUCCUUGAAGUUAUUUUGAGGACCCUUGGUCUUGCCACGUGUUUUGUGGUGUAGUUAUGACAUGUUACAUGACUAACUCGAGCGAGGCGCUGGCCCACGCCACCAGCAUGAACCCAAUGGAGGUCAAGGUGAAAGGCAUGGGCACAGGCAAGAAAUCAGCACCAUCAGCGCAGCACCAACAGCAUUGUUGGCAAAAGAUUCCAGCAUCAGUCAAU